AUCGUGUAUCUUCGGUUUUUUUUUUUUUUGUUUAUUGUAAAUAAAUAUGCAACUCAUGAAAACUAAUGGUCAAUUAGGUUAUGUUAGCUACAUUAUAAAUACUUCAAAACAUUGUGGAUGGUUGAUUUGGUUAGGAUAGCUACAUUAAAAAUACUGUGAAAUCAUGUAAACGGUUUCCUAGCGCUGGAUAGCUACAUAUUAAAAAGUUAUUUGCUAAGCAAUCAUAAAAUGAUUUUACAGUUUUUUUAAUGUAGCUAUACUUACCUAAUAUAACCAACCAUCCACGGUGUUUUAAAGUAUUUUUAAUUACUUCUUGCUAAUUUUAAGAAAAGAAGGCUUGCCAACGAACGCUAAACGCAGCCACUGUUAAACUCAACAGCUGUUGCCAACCUCGUGCUCGUACGUUAUCAUCCAAUGUCUAUAGGUUAUGUUCAUGUCGAACCAACCCCAAAGUAGUUUUACAACUUGUUAUGAUCGACAAUAAUUAAUUUUGUGUGAUAGUGACGUUUAAAAAUUUCCAUCAAGUAAUGGCGGGCCCGGUAAACAGUUCUAAUAUCGAUGAAGCGGGCGAAAAGGAACCCAAUAUACUCUCGAAGAGACUGAAUAAAAUUCUGGAAACAAGAUUAGAAAAUGACAAGGAUACUCUAGAAGCUCUGAAGGAGUUAUCUACAUUUUUCACUGAAAAUACUCUACUUUCUCGAAGAAAUUUGCGAAGUAAAAUUGAAAAGAGAAGUAUUGUAAUUAACGAGGAUUUUCUUUCUGAAUUCAGAGAAGUAAAAGAUGCUUUGGAUGAUAUCUACAAUGAUGUAUCUGCCAUGAAUAACUCAGUCCAAAAUAUGACAUCACGCCUUCAGUCUACCAAGACACAAACACAGGACCUUAUUGAACAAACAACAAAACUUCAAGCAGAAAGCCAGAAGGUGAGUCUGCAGCAAGAGGUGGUCAGUGCUUUCUUGAGGAGCUUCCAGCUGACGCCGGCGGAACAGGUUGCGCUGAGGGGAGUCUCGCGAGAUGCAGCCAUCACACACGAGUUCUUCGUCGUGUUGGAACGUGUCAAGAAAAUACACACGGACUGCCGCACGCUCAUGCAGUCGGGCCAUCAGACCGCAGCUCUCGACAUCAUGGAGCAGAUGUCGCUGUACCAGGAGACUGCCUUGGAGAGGUUGUACAGGUGGACUCAGACUAAUUGUAGAAACAUAGAGUCGGCUGAGACAAGCCCCCUGCUGACUCAAUCCAUGGCUUAUCUGCAAGACAGGCCAGUGUUGUUCAAGUAUGUCGUGGACGAAUACUGCACUUCCAGGCGCUCGGUCCUCGUCAGAGCUUUCAUCGACGCUCUGACCCAGGGUGGGCCCGGGGGAACUCCCAAACCUAUCGAGAUGCACGCCCAUGACCCGAAGCGAUACAUCGGGGACAUGCUGGCGUGGCUGCAUCAAACAAUUCCAACGGAAAAAGAAAACUUGUUGGUCUUGCUGAAAGGCUGUGACAGAAUAGAUGUUUCAGAAAACCAGCAGGAGGCUCUUGCAAACAUCACUGAGGGCGUGUGUCACCCCCUGAAAGUGCGUGUGGAGCACAUCCUUACCUCGGAUAUUGGCCCCAUUGUUAUGUACGGCAUCACUAAUUUAGUGUACUUCUACAAGCAGGUCAUUUGUGAGGUGGUGCCCGGCGGGCCGCUAGAGUCGCUGCUGGCGGACCUGGAGCGACAGUGCCGGCAGGCGUUCCUCGCGGCGCUGCAGCAGCAGGUGAAGCAGCUGCUGGGCGGGCGGGCGCUGGUGCCCCCCUCCGACCUCUCCCCGGCCCCCGGCCUCGCGCACGCUCUGGGCACUCUGCGCGAGGUACUGUCCGUGGCCAGCAUGGCGGAGGGCCGUCAGGAGGACAUCGUCAAGAUUGUGUCGUGUGUGGUGGACCCACUACUGCAGGCAGUGAACGAGAGUGCUGCCAGAUUGUCCACGACAGACAUGGCCGUCUACUUGCUCAACUGUCUGUACCAGAUCCAGUCGACUCUGUCGCUCUAUGAGUUCAUGGACGAAAGGCUCGAAAGGUUACAGGCUCAGUCCGAUGCGCAGUUGGACACGCUCACGUCAGAGCAGGCCAGCUCUCUAGUAGCCAAUUUGAACCUGGGCCCGAUAUACACAAUCCUCCAGGACCAAGGCAGAGGGUCACUUUCUUCAGUGCCCGGCAUGGACCCAGCCAGUCUCAAGACCUUCAUGAGCAAGCUGGACGGCUUCCUGGUGAUGCCGGACGUGCUGGUGCUGCCCCAGGUGGGCCUGCUGAUGAGCUCGGCCCACCGCGCCGCCGUGCAGCGCCGGGCCUUCGAGGUGAUAGCGGCCGUGUACCAGCAGCUGCACGCGGCCGUGCACGAGCCGGCCAACCAGUACCAGGGCCCCGAGCUGCUGGCGCCCCGCUCCCCGCAGGAGGUGCGCCGGCUGCUGCUGCCGCCGUCGUGAUCACCUGUCGCAGGUGGUGGCUCAGGACCUGCUAGGGAAUUGUGUACCUGAAGUGGUUGCAUUUUGUACAAACAUUGAUAGUGUUUAUACCGUGUUUUCUCAUAUAAUCGUCGCACAUUUUAUUCCAAAAUCAAGUUUGGAAAGUAGGGGUGCGACCAUUGUGCGGGGAAAAAAAAUUUUUUUUUCGUCAGGUAAAGUUAUUCAUAAAAACAAAACUCGUUCACGGAAAGUACGUUUAUUUAAAAAAAAGGUGGAGUAUACAAGAGCACGCCAAACAAUCUAUAUUAAUAAUUCCUUAAACAAAAACCUUUCUUCAACUUUAAAUAGAAAAACCAAAAAUCUAACGCGAAUGGAAGCCACUUUAAUCUAACGUGUCGUAGUACACCCUUGCCACGAAAGAAUGCGGGCUAUCACAUGAUAGCGCGCGUUGCAUCCAAUUGACGAGAUAUUGAUAUUCGACUACGUGGGCGCGCUCUAUACGGGAAGCAACAUAACCAAACAUGAAUGAUGUACUGGCUACAUUUUUGUAAGUGAUACGUCGCGGUAACGCAAUCAGAUAAAGGAAAUACAGUUUAAAAACGUCUUUAUAAGAAAAUUUACACGUCAAACAACUUCGUAUUUUUCCGUUAAUUUAUUAAGUGGUAAUGACCAAAUAAAUAUUAGAUUUCUACUUUAAAAUACAUAGUUUUAUACGGAAAAGAUACCUACAUAAAGUGCUCUGCAUCUACUAGCAGGACCAAAAACAUCAUGUGAUGUUUACGCGAGAAGUUUUUUCAUCCCAAUUUUGACAGCCUAAAAUAUGGUUGCGACGAUUAUGCGCGUUUGACCAUUAAGCGAUAAAACAAGUUAUAUGUAUUUCAUAUAUACUGUCCAAUCUAUGGAUGUGCACAGGUAUUUUGUUGGCACAGCACGUAGUGACAAAAACAGUUAAUUUUCAGCCUUUAUUGGUAUUAUAACAUAAAAAUGUUUUACAAAAUAGCUAUAAAAAUAAGUUUUUUUUAAAAAAAAUCCGUGAAGUUUUCUUAAACCAAUAUCAACCGUUCUUUGAUCUUGCCAGAAAAAUGCAAACCCCGACUUUCAAAAAUUGGAGAUAAGUGCAUGCACAUCUGCAUGCAUGCGCACAUGUGUGUACACGUGUGUACAUACGCAUGCCCAAUUAUGUGCACACGCAUACAGACAUAACUACCAUGUAUUCAUCAACAAAAGCCUUUUAAAAACCAGUCGUGAUUCACUAAGGCAUGGCCACUGCCAUGUGAUAUGGUGUAAGGGACAGAACAAUGUUGGAAAAGGGGAAGGGGGGGGGGGGGUAAUGCAACAGUUAUUUACUUUUACCUGAGUUAUCAAAAAAAUAUGGGUUACAUAGAAUUCUAUUAAAAAACUGUGUGCAAAAUUUGUAAAUUUAAUAUUGUGUAAACAGUGGCAAAUUACAUUGCUAUAUACUGGUGUACAUCAAAUCACACAAUGUUUCAUCACAUGUACAAUAUUAAAUUAUACAGCUUUCAACCUUA